GCGGUCAUGACGUCACGACCCCUCCCCUCCAGAUUUCCCUGUAGGAGGAAAACUCCUCGGUGAGGAGAGAGGACAACACUUAGAAGCAGAUCGGAGAAGGAGGAAGGACAGAUUGUUUUGCCUCACCAUGCUGGACACGCUCACCUUCAUCCUGGAGAAGCUCUUUCUCCUCGCGCACCUCAAGUUGUCCAGUCUGCUGCCUCCUCUGGGCGCAGAGCGCGCGGAGCCGCCGCUCACCAAGCGCUGUGAACGGGAGGACUCUCUCCCGCAGCCCGCCGCAGCCUCGCACAAGUUCCAGCGGGGCGACCUGCUGGAGGUUCCCCGGACUCUCUUCAUCCACUUCGGCAUCUACCUGGGCGACGACCGGGUGGCGCAUCUCAUCCCGGACAUCCUGCCGGUGCUGACUGACGACAGCCGCCAGAUCCAGGAGAUGGUGACCAACACCCGGCUGCUGCUCGGGGUUCUGUCCAAGCGCGCCAGCAUCCGGGUGGACUCGGUGGAGGACUUCGCGUACGGAGCCGCGAUCCUGUUGAACGCCAUGGACAAAUCGGUGCGCCGGACCCCACUGGCCGGGGAGGAGGUGGCGCGGCGGGCGGAGCGGCUGGUGGGCACCGUCUCCUACAGCCUGCUGUGGAACAACUGCGAGCACUUCGUCACUUACUGCCGCUACGGGACCGCGCAGAGCCUGCAGACCGACGAGUUCUGUGAGCGGCUGAAGUCCCUGAUCCGAGAUCAGCGAAACGUCCUUCUGACUGCGCUCCUGGGGCUCCUGUCCAUGGCAUAUAUGGGAAUAUCCGUCGGCACCGCCCUGCCGGCCUUCCUCGUCCCCUUCACCCUGUGGAUGGCCAGCUAGAAGCCAUCAGCGUUCGAGCCUCGCCGCCGGUGCAGAGCGCGCUGAGCCGCCGUGUCAUAAGACCGUUAGCGUGGACGCAGUCUUCUGCAAACCUUGUAACUUUUUAAAAAAAAUUUUACUUCACCACCUGGUCGCUUUCCUUCUGCUGCACAGAAAGUGUUUAUUUUUCUGUAUUUUCAGUUUGUUUGCUUAAAAAAGAAGAAUAAAAUGGGUACUUAGCAGCGAGUUUACUGAGUUAGCAACAGGCUCAAAAUUCACGGGCCAAAUUUGAAGGGCCAUGCUGAUAAAAAAAAAAAAAAAAAAAACCAAAGAUGAUUGUAAGGAUUUUAUUUAUUUUUUAUUGAGGCCAUACAUCUGGUUUUAAAGGGUUGAGUGGUUUUUUUUAAAAAGCUUGAAAGUGGAGACACUGAAAGUCUGACUCUGCUUUCCAUCUCGACCGUAUUAAAAGACACGAAACACUAAAGUCAGCGGUUUCAUUUCCCUCCAUCUGAACGUUCCUUUUACUCCUGUAACCUGGUGAAGCUCAUGUGUAAAUGCCUGUAGAUAUCCUACAUGACUUGAUUGUUUUCUAACAGUCAAACUUUUGUACAGAAUUUAUUUUUUACAACUUUGGAACGAUGUGCCGUGUUUUUUAUGUAAAUAAAGGAAACUCA